UUGGGUUGGACCCAAACCAAAGUCCACUGGUGCAACGCAAAUUUGUUUCUCGGUUGCUCCCUUACAUACAGUCACACAGAGCUAUCAGGGGAGACACCAAGGAAGAGGUGAGGAGCGAGAUAGAUAGACAGAGCUUAAUGGACUCAACUGGUCUAAGAACCCUAAAUUUCAUUUCUCCUCUCUAUUUCCGUUCCAGAGCUUCGUUCUUUCGCCCAUUUUGGCUUGCAGAAGUCAAAAAGGCGCGUUACCUUCCUCUUUCGUCCCCUUCUCGACGGCUCACCCCGACCCCGCAUUGCUGCUCAUUUGAAAGCAGCGAGUUGAAUUCCCUGCCUCGCGGCGCUGGCCAGGCGGUUAAUGAAAUCUCAAGGGAUAAACUUCUGCAAGUAGUAUUAGUUUCUCCUCAGAUUCCUGGAAACACAGGAUGCAUUGCUAGAACAUGUGCAGCUUCAGCUGUUGGGCUGCACCUUGUUGGGCCAUUAGGAUUUCAGGUGGAUGAUACAAAGCUAAAGCGUGCUGGAUUGGAUUACUGGCCAUAUGUAGUUGUCAAAGUUCAUGCCUCAUGGGCAGAAUUCAGAGAAUAUUUCAGGCAACAGGUUGGGGAAAAGAGGUUAUUGGCAUUUACCAAGAGGGGAACGGCAAUCCAUUCUGGAUUCUCAUACAAACGAGGUGAUUGGCUCGUAUUUGGUUCGGAAACUAGUGGGCUACCAUCAGAAGUCUUGCUCGACUGCAAKAGUGAAGCUUUAGGUGGUGGGACCAUUCGGAUUCCCAUGGUGGAAACUUAUGUUAGAUGUCUAAAUCUCUCUGUGAGCGUCGGAAUUGCUUUAUAUGAAGCUGCUAGACAGCUAAACUACGAGCAGCUUCAAUUCUCAACAGAGACUUGUAUUGAUAGUGAAAAAUCAUUUAUUACUGAAGAUAUUUUUGCUUAAUUUAACUGCAUUGACAUUCUUUACCAAGAAAAAAAAAAGAACUUGGUGGUCACUGAUUUAAAUUUUUUACUUUCACCCACAAGUGAAUUUUCAAAUUUGUAUUGUACUACACAAAAUGUGGCCCACGGCCCACUAAUUAACCAA